AGUAGGUAACACCUGAGUUGAAUUAGGUGAAGUGAAGAAAACAGCAUGUCUGAGGAUAUCUAUGCCAAACCAGACCUCACCAAAAAAGUUAGAUUUCAGGCAGCUUCGAAGGAGGACGGAAACAAGGACGCCUGCGAAGACGUCGACGAUGCAAGGAUUUAUGACAACUACUGGGCAGAGGAGAGUCCGCCACAGGACCAAUCACAGGACCAAUCACAGGACAAAUCAAAGGACAAAUCACAGGACAAAUCACAGGACAACACCACUGAGGACCAACAGAAAACCGCUUCAGUCAAUGUGAGUUCAGGAAAGAAGACUCGUCCCGGAGCUGCUGCAUUGUUUCUGGGGCUGCUGUGUCUUCUCUUCCUGGUGGCAGUCAUUGUCCUGGUGGUCGUAUUUAUUCUAGAGAAAAAUCGACUGUCGGGGGACAACGCCAACCUGAUCAGCGAGAGAAACGAACUACAGACAAGUUACAUCAAAAUUAAAAGUCUCAACGUCAACCUGACCAGCGAGAGAAACGAACUACAGACGAGUAACAAAGAAAUGAAAAGCCUCAACGUCAACCUGACCAGCGAGAGAGACGAACUACAGACGAGUAACAGCCACAUGAAAAGCCUCAACGCCGACCUGACCAAAAAGACGAGCCAGUUAGAGAUCGAGAAAGGACGUUUGAAUGCCACGAACAAAAACCUCACCAAAGAGAGAGAUGAAUUUAAAAGACUGGCUGAGAAACCGAGCUGUUCCUGUCCCUGGAUAACAUUUGGCUCUAGUUGUUAUUUGGUGGUCACCUCAAGAAAAAACUGGCGUGACAGCAGGACGUUCUGUCAAGGAAAAGCUUCAGACCUGGCGAUCAUAUCUAGCUUACAGGAACAGACAUUCAUCAGCUCACUUAACCAAGAUUACUGGAUUGGUCUGACCGAUGAAGAGAGCGAAGGAGAGUGGAAAUGGGUAGAUAGAACGGUACCUACCGAAAAGUACUGGAGAAAGGACGGCCAGCCAGAUAAUUAUGGAAGUCAAGGAGAAGACUGUGCUGAGAUUUCAGACAUUGAUGGAACAUAUACCUGGAAUGAUUUGCCCUGCAGUAGCAGUGUAAUGUUUAUCUGUGAGAAAAUGAGAUGAAAUCAAAUUAUUAUUGUACAUUCUUGAACUGAUUCGACAUCUGUUUUGCUCUCUCACAUGUAAAAUAUUAAUAAUAUAUUGUACAUUCUUCUCCUCUGAGAGAAACGGAGUGCAUCUCUGUGCUGUAUUUUUUAUGCAUAAAUAAACUUCCGAGCUCAACUUCAGUAAUAUGAAAUUCAUGAAUUAUUUGUUGUGUCUGUGAUGUAUUAGCAAAACAUUUGUCUCGGAUGAUUUUGUUAAUUGCAACGACUGAGUGAUUUAGUACAUGGGGCAUUCUAUCAGAAAUCAAUCACUGUCUGACCUCCGCCCUUUCAGUUUGAAGCUGCAAGAACCGGAUAUGUCAUAUGAGCGAGCAGGGCGGUGUAGUCCCGUGGGUCUGAUGCACGUUCAUUAUGCCGAGGAAAACCACUCUGGAUUCAGCAAUUAGUUCAUUUUUACAACUUUUAGGACAUAACGAUUUAAUUGAGGGCUAUAUAAGUGUUCGUACGGGGAAGUUGAUUUACCU